AUGGCGACCGGCCGGUCGCCCGAGAGGGGUUUCUUCUCUUUGCUUUCUUCUCUUCAAGAAAAAGAAUGCAAAGUGCAACGGCGACUGUGUGACGACAGUAACACAGCAGGUUUGCUAGCUGCUUCAACGGGAUUUGAUUCUGGCCGAACCUUCCGGUUGCGGCCACGUGACUGCUCCGCCGUCACGGACCGCCGGCGUCGCGCCGCGCCAGGACGGCUUCUCCCCGCGGCGGCUGCUGCUGGCGCCAGGACGGCGGAGUCGACGGACACCCCGUACUCCGUCGCCUUCAGUGUACCGGCGUCGCCGUCGGGGCUACACCUCGGCGCGUGCGCGUCCGUCGUCCGCAGCGUGACGCCGCCGCCACAGCCGGCGGAGCUCCAGCAGGCGGAGGCGGCGACGCUGCCGCAGCCGCUGAACCAGGAGCGGUACCACUCGCAGCCGGCGUUGACGAUCCGGACGGAAGAACCCCCGCCGCUGCAGCGGGUGAGCACCGUGUCGUGCAGCGACAGCACCACGCGGGACCGCCGCUUCGACCACUUCAAGACCUUCUCCGGCCGCCUGGAGCGGCAGCUGUCCAACCUCCGCGGCGUGGCCUUGGACAUCGAGCCCGCCGCCGACUCCAGCUCCAACAAGAUAAUCUCCGAGGAGGAGACCGACGACGACGACGGCGAGGUCCCCACCGCGUACCGCUACUUCGCGGCGCUGGAAGGGGCCGAGCUGGAGACGCUCAGACCGACGGAGGUGUCGGCGCUCCCGCAGGACGAGACGUGGCCGUUCCUGCUCCGGUUCCCGAUCAACGCCUUCGGGAUGUGCCUGGGCGUGAGCAGCCAGGCCAUGCUGUGGAAGACGCUGCAGUCGGAGCCGUCGACGGCGUUCCUGCACCUGAGCCCCGCCGUGAACAACGCGCUCUGGUGGGCGGUGCGGCGCGAGUUCCACCACCCGAUCCGCGUCAACUUCUUCUUCGCGCCGUGGAUCGCCUGCCUCUUCCUCGUCAAGGGCAUGCCGCACCCGGUGACGGACAUCAACCACGUCGUCUGGUACAUCCUCAUGGCUCCCAUCCUGUUCCUCGACCUCAAGAUCUACGGCCAGUGGAUGUCCGGCGGCGACCGCCGGCUGUCCAAGGUGGCCACCCCGACCAACCACCUCGCCGUCGUCGGCAACUUCGUCGGCGCGCUGCUGGGGGCCAAGAUGGGGCUCCGUGAGGUGCCCAUCUUCUUCUUCGCCGUCGGGGUGGUGCACUACUUGGUGCUGUUCGUGACGCUGUACCAGAGGCUCCCCACCAACGCGAAGCUCCCCAAGGAGCUCCACCCGGUCUUCUUCCUCUUCAUCGCUGCGCCUAGCGUCGCGUCCGUCGGCUGGGCAAGGCUCUGCGGCGAAUUCAACUACGCCGCCAAGAUCCUCUACUUCACCUCCCUCUUCCUCUACAUGUCACUGGUGGUGCGUAUCAACAUGUUCAGGGGCGUCCGCUUCUCGCUGGCGUGGUGGGCGUACACGUUCCCGAUGACGAGCGUGGCCAUCGCGACGGCGGUGUACGCGUCGGCGGUGACCAACGUGCUCACCCGGGCGCUGGCCGUGGGGCUGUCCGCGGUGGCGUCCGUCACCGUCGCCGGCGUGCUGGUGACCACCGUGUACCGCGCGUUCGUGCGCAAGGACCUGUUCCCCAACGACGUGUCCAUCGCCGUCACGCAACGGACAAAAGCCAAGUUCGGCAAGAUCCUCGCGCACAUCCGCGCCUCCGGCGACGGCGUCAAGGACCUCGUCUUCGCCGUCUGCAGGCACGGCAGCGGCUCCUCCGACACCAACAGCGCCAGCGAAUCGCUGUCGCCCAUGGCGCGUGGCCGCCGCAGAGCAGACCCGUAG